AUGUUCUUAAACAGUUCCAUUGAAGUAAGCUUGAAACUGAAUACAACUGAAGACUACAGUUUAAACAUAUUUGAAUCUGAAGUUGUCAACAUACUGUUGAAAGUAUUGUACUCGCUGGUCAUUCUGUCAGCAGUAACAGCGAACGGAUUGGUUUUGUACUUAUUAAGAACUAGAAGAAUCAAGUCUUCAAAUUUCACAUAUUUAUUACAUCACUUGCUGAUUGCUGAUAUCUGUUCAUGUAUAUCUGUACUCCCUUACGUUUUUAUUGAUGUUCACAGAUUACACAUCACUGGAAAAAUCACAGGCAACGUCAUUUGUUGGAGCACAUUGGGAUUAUCCAUGUUUUACGCUACAGCAGGAAACCAGAUAUUUUUGGUUUGUUUUAUAAGUGUCUUUAGACUGUUUAAAAUGAAAUGGAAAACCAUCGCCGAUCAGUAUCUCAAGAAAUCUAACAUAAAAAAACUAGCAGCUUUUGCUUGGAUUGGUAACCUGUUAUUAACGAUACCGAAUAUGAUUUCAUGGAAAUUUAUGACAAAGUAUGGAUAUUGCAAACGAAAUUGGAGUAGGCCUAUAUUUGGUACUUUAUACACAUGUUCGUUCUUUGUGAUUGGUUUACUAAUACCGUCUGUAUUAUUUAUAGUAUGUUAUUUUCUAAUCAGCCAAGUCUUAAAGCAGCACCGAAACGAAACGAAUAUUAAACAUUCCCGAACACUUCAAUCGACAAGUAAAAUUAUAUACUUACUUCGCGUUCUCUUCAUAUCUUUCUUAAUAUGUUGGGCACCAUUGCUAACUUAUUUUGUACUAUCUACAGCAACUUCUUUAUUUCCAGAAGGAGUAAAAGGCGACCGCAUCAAGUUGAAGGUUAUCAGAGUAGCUGUGCUUCUGGCUGUUGUUAAUGCACUUUUAGAUCCUGUGUGUUUAUUUUUUCACUUAAAAGAACAUCGAAGUGCUGUUAAAAAACUUUGGACUGAGUGUCGGAGACAUACGAAACAUAGGAAUACAAUGAUGAAGAAUCAUCGCGCUAGUAAAUUGACAACAAAAAAAAACUACAUUAUUCGUGACGUUUCGGAUGUUCACACACCCAUUUUCAAGCAAUCAAAAACGAUAAUCUCUUCAGUUCCUAUUGGUGCUACUACUAACGUGGAUCCUGCAAAGGAAUCCUAG